CAGGCCUUUCUGAAAACUGUAGAAGAGGUCCUGUCACUGCCCACUUGGACUGACGUACCAUCAGUUCAUCCUGAAGUUGCAGGGCUUAUUGAUACAGUUGACAAAGUGAUGGGACAUAUGGCAAGAAACCUACUGGAAAGCCCCUCUGUGAUUGUGACAUUGGAAGGCCGUUCAUCCGUGGCCGAUUACUCCAUGGUAAAGGUGCCUCAGGCUUUGAGCUUGCCACACUACCGCUUUCCUUCUGAAGGACAGUCUUACAUCUCUGUUCCCGGGGAAGCAUUUCUAAGCAAAUUUCGUACGACAAUUGUUGGAUUGCUGUACCAUACAAUGCAUCGACACUACAAGCAGAUUAAACCUAGCGACACC